GGGGUUUUUUUGGGAAAGCUUCCCGGCGAGCGCCAGUAGCACUCCGCGUGUGCCCGGCGGCAGGAGCCGGGCGCUCCUCCUUCGGCAGGCGGAGCCCCGGCAGCGGGAGGGGCCGGCAGCGGGAACGGGACUGGGACCGGGACCGGGAGCGGGGCCAUGGCCGGGCCUGAGGCCGCGGGUGCUGCCGCCGCCGCUGAGCGGAGCCAAGGCGGGAAUGGCGGCCGCGAUGGCUACGACGGGAAGUGCGUGUUCUGCAGGAUCGCCCGCCGGGAGGAGCCGGGCACGGCGCUGCUUCCCUGCGAGGAUGAAGACCUUGUUUGCUUUAGAGAUAUAAAACCUGGUGCUCCGCACCAUUACCUGGUGGUGCCCGUGAAGCAUAUGGGAAACUGCAAAACACUGAAGACAGAGCAUAUACCUCUAGUGAAGAGAAUGAUGGAAGUGGGAAAAGCUGUUCUGCAGAAGAAUAAUUUUAGUGACUUGAAUGAUGUAAGGAUGGGUUUUCACUGGCCACCAUUCUGCUCGAUCGCCCACUUGCAUCUCCAUGUCCUGGCCCCAGCCAGCCAGCUGGGGUUCUUAUCCAGGAUCUACUACAGAAUCAAUUCCUACUGGUUUAUCACGGCUGAACAACUGAUUGAGAGACUGCAAACUGAAAAUGCUGCCAGCUGAAAGCUUGUGUUGUCAGCCAGUUUGGUCUUUGAGCUCUGAUUUAAGGUUGCACAGUUUGAUGUUGCCAAUAGUAUCCGAGGAUAAAAAAAGCUUUAGUUCCUUAUGAGGAAAUACACACAGAAUUUGUAGCUGCUAACCUAAUUUUUCCAUUUGGAUAUGUCAGUCUGUAUACUUCCCUGGCAAAAGUGUGAUGUAUUUUAGAUAAAAUUUUAAUUUAAUUUGUGUAGAUACAUACAUAAUACAUACAUACAUACACACAGGCAGAGAGCUCUUCUAUUAAAAGGCAAAGUGUAGCAGCAGAAUGUAUUGCAACCAAGGCAACAAGUUACAAGUAACAGCAUAUGAAUGGUGCCAAAGGGAGUAUUUACUGCAGAAUCAAGCUUUCAUUUUCAAGAUGCAUUGUUCUGGGAUUACAGGUAACAUUUCAAACAUUUGUUCCCACCUGCAUUUGUAUGAUGUGUUACUUAUGCCUAGUGAUGAGUAGGUACAUUGCUGAAAGUACAGCAGUGACUUUCUGGUGCAAAACCACUUCCGUGUUACCUGACUUGCUUGCAUCACAGUGACACAUUAAACAUGAAUACAAUAUGUGCCCAAAAUGUGAUAAUGCUGGGUAACAUAGAAUAUAGUUUAUGUGUAAAUAGACCUAAAGAUUUUCUUUCCCUCUUAUGUGCACAAUGUUUGAAAUUAGUUACUGUAUGUUUACAAAGAAUGUGAAGAGUUCAAAAGAAUGGAUUUAAUAUACUGCUGUUCUGCAUGGCAGUAGAUAGAAAAGUCUAGAUUUUCUGGUCUUAUUCUCACUGCAAGUCCCUUGCAGAUUACUAAUGCCUUGGCUAAACUUGGAUUCUAAAUGAAGUCAUAAGAGAAGCCAGUCUGAACUGCAGUGUGUGUGUGGCAGACUUACAUAAGAGCAAUGUGAUUUGACUUUGGGAUAGCAGGGACUCAGCCCAAAAUUGGAACAUGCCAAGUUGCUUAAGGAACCUGCUGAACUUUGCCUUUGCUGCAUGACUCUGAUCAGGAAUGCUAGCACUUGUUUUUCAGUACCAUAAUAAGGCAGACUGUUUGGCAAGUUAAAACGCCAGAACACAUGGAGUGGAUUUUCUUUGUUCACAGAGCUUGUCUUGGUGCCGAACUAACCAAAUGCCCUUGCUUAAUGCAUUCAGAUGUAGCUGAGUGAGAACAUCUGUUGCACCUGCAAGCUUCCCUGAACAUAACAGUCUGUGUUUGCCGCGGAUCCAGCACCUGCUGCCUUACUGAUACAAUGUGUUGUAACAUUCUUACAGUACUUCAGAGAGUCUGCACUCUUCUGAAGAACUGCAUUUUCUACCUGGCAGAGUUUACACCUCUCUGUAAGAUCUUCUUCCUAAUGUCUUGUUAUACGUAUUAGUAGGCACUUGCAUGUUAUUUGCAGCCCUUCAGGGUUUUGUUACAUUUGGUAGGAAAAGUGUGACUUAAAGCCACUGAACUUUGACUGUGUAAUAGAUGAAGAGAUUUGAGCUGGCUCCUAACUUAGUGAAAUACCUGUACAUUAAGGACUUUCAAGAGUUAAUACUGUGUAUGUUUUCUGAUCUGUAAUUAAUUUAUGUAAGUGUACUGAACUGUGAAAUGUAAUAUGUAAAAUAUCAACAUGAACUGUUGUCAGAAAGGAUUAAUAAAUGCUAAUCUUGGGAUGA